GAAAACUUUAUCACCAGACUCGCAGCACAUCAGGUCAUUUGAGGACGAGUGCGCCUGAAAAUGGCAGACAAUACAGAAACAGCAAUCCGCAAAGUCGUUACUGUGUUUUGUGCGCUUUGCGUCGACCUGUCUGUGUUCUACGUGUCGGGGUUUGUAGUGUUUCACAGCGUCUUCGGACAACUUGCGCGUCUCUGGGUUACCGCAGCUGUCCGGUGUUUGGUUCUGACUUCUGUGACUCUGAUCAGCUUUGGAGACCCUAAACCAUUACUGAUUCGUAUUGCAGCCGCGCACAGUCUCCUGCCCGCGGUGUUUGAGACCGGGACCAGAGUGCUGUACAACGAGGAGACACAAUGCGGCUUGUUGGCGGAUAUGCGCUGCUGGCUGAUGUGCACCGGAGCGUCUUUGGCUGCUGCCCUGUUUUGGGAAAUUACCAUCCCGGACACCGACGAUGCAGCCACCGGUAAAAAGAAGAAACAAAAAGCCAGAGUGCUCUUUUUGAGGGUCCUGUACAUGUACAAACCCGACUAUCUACUGCUGCUUGGAGGGGUCGUGUUCCUUUCACUGGCUGUUAUCUGUGAGAUGUUCAUCCCGUUUUACACUGGGAGAGUCAUUGACAUCCUCAGCAGUCAGUACCAGCCCAGUGAGUUCAUAUCUGCACUGCUCUGUAUGGGCCUGUUCUCUCUGGGAAGCUCUGUGAGUGCAGGCUGCAGAGGGGGCCUCUUACUUUCUGCCAUCAGUGCCUUCACAUGCCGGGUGAAAGUGCAGCUUUUUGGGGCUUUGACCAAACAGGAAAUUGGAUUCUUUGAGACCAUAAAGACAGGUGAAAUCACAUCCAGAUUGUCUAAAGACACCAACCUGAUGGGCAGAACCGUGUGUCUGAAUGUCAACGUGCUGCUGAGGACAUUCAUCAAGACCCUGGGCAUGAUCUUUCUGAUGAUGAAUAUUUCAUGGAAGCUCACAUUCCUCGUAUUGAUGGAGACGCCCAUCACAGGCCUCAUUCAGAACAUCUACGACACACACUACCAGGCUUUGUCUAUCGCCAUGCAGGACUCAAUUGCUCAGGCAAAUGAAGCUGCCAACGAGACAGUGUCCGGUAUUCACGUUGUACGUAGUUUUAAAGCAGAAAAACACGAGGCCGGUCGCUAUGACAACUGCCUGAUGGACACACACAAGCUCAAGACCAAACGGGACAUUGUCACGGCUGUUUACCUGCUCACACGGCGGUUGACAGGGUUGGGCAUGCAGGUCUUCAUGUUGUACUACGGCAGGCUGUUUAUCAAGAGAGGACAGAUGACCACUGGAAACCUGGUUUCCUUCAUCCUCUACCAGUCAGACCUUGGAGACAACAUCAGGACUCUUACCUACAUCUUCGGUGACAUGCUGAACUCAGUGGGGUCUGCAGGGAAAGUAUUUGAAUACCUGGACAGGAAACCACAGGUCAGCACAGAGGGAACACUGAAACCUGACCAGCUGAGAGGACACGUCAGCUUCCACUGUCUCAACUUCUCCUAUCCGGCUUCCCCCAACAAAAAAGUUCUGCAGGACUUCUCUUUGGAGCUGAAGGCAGGUCAGAUGACAGCACUGGCGGGUCAAUCUGGACAGGGAAAAAGCACCUGUGUGAGUCUGCUGGAGCGGUUCUAUGACCCACAGGAUGGAGAAAUCCUAUUGGACAAUGAACCUCUGAAAUCAUAUGAUCACCGCUUCCUCCAUAAGAAGAUUGCUGUGGUGAGCCAGGAGCCUGUGCUCUUCUCUGGCUCCAUCAGAGACAACAUCGCCUACGGGCUUGCAGACUGCUCAUUGGAGGAGAUCCAGGAAGCAGCUCGCAAAGCCAACGCCCAUGACUUCAUAAAACUGUUGGAGAAAGGCUACGAUGCAGAGGUGGGUGAGGGUGGCGGCCAGUUAUCCAAGAGCCAGAAGCAGCAGAUUGCCAUCGCUCGAGCUUUGGUCAGGCAGCCACAGGUCCUCAUUCUGGAUGAAAUAACCAGCUCACUGGACGCGCAGAGUGAAAAUAAGGUUCAGCAGGCCUUGGCUAACUGUCCCAACCUGACCCUGCUGGUGAUCGCUCACAGGCUGAACACCAUUGAGAAGGCAGAUCAGAUCAUUUGGAUUGGUGAGGGCAGAGUUCAGGAGCGAGGGACUCACCAGGAGCUGAUGGACAAGAAGGGGAGCUACUACAAACAGAGAGAGAAGCUCUUCACUGAGGGAAACUCUGCACAAUGACACCUGAGGCUGUAGCUCCAUGUACACUGUGUUAGUCUGCAGCUAACCUGAUCAAAUAAUGUGAUAGAACAAGCUGCAACUCAUGUAAAUAUUUUGAUAUUAAACUUAAACAAUGUGGACUUGUGUAUAUAUAUAAUUUUUCUUGUAUGUCUAGAAUUCAAAACACGCAGCCCUUUAAAUCUCCUCUUUAUGUAUAUAACUGCUUAUUUAUUUUGUUUGCUGUUAGAAUGUUUAUUACCUUACUUUAUUAAUUAAUAAUUAAUAAUUUUGGCUUGACAUAUCUAUCAACUGCCUCCUUUUUCAUUUCAUGUCCUGUAUUUGGUUUAGGGAUUAUUAAAGUUUGGCACAGUUCUGGACAUAUGACGUCCAUAAACCUUCAUUUGCAAUCAGAGUGGCCAAAGGUUGCUUUAUCAGUAUGUCCCAAAUAAAACCUGUAUGUGUCUUAA